AUGGAUUAUUUACCCAAAGAUAUCAGACAUAAUGCGGUUGACCUAGAGUUAAAAGCAGUCCUUUGGGACAACUCAGUAACUCAGACCAAUGGAAGCCCAGAAAGUUUGCAGGUUUUCGCGCAAGGACGGAUCUUCAAAAUGCAACCAACUCAAGAAUUUGCAUACAAUAUGAUGCGUGGUAAGGGUCUUGGUGCACAGCCUGUAUUUCCACCACCACGGGCUUCCACUCAAGAUGAGGAGGAUUACAGACCGAUUGAGCAUCUUGAGGAUAAUCUACAAUCUGGCGUCAAGUAUUAUAAAGUCACUCCGAAAUCCGAUUUUAUAAACGAUGCAGCUGCUCAAGAGCUUGUGGAAGGAGUCUAUCAAUUGGGUAUUGAGGAGCGUCCGAGAUGUGAAAUUGUUUUUGAUCAAAAAGGUGACGAAGGAGAAACGAACAACCACUACAAGGGAAAACAGGUCUGGGGAAAUUUUGGUUACCUCUUUGUUAAUGGAACCUGGGUAGAUCCUGAUAGUGAGAAGGAUUUGGCGCAUGCAUUCAAAGGCUAUCCGGUGCUCUCACUAGACGAACUCGAAGGUGCUAGGGCCAAGGAUUCUCGAAUCAUGAGUCCAGCUCAAAUGGAGGAAUUUUAUGACUUCUUUAAUGAAUAUGUCUCCGAUGAUGAAGGAGAUCCUCGAAACAAUCGUUUGUCGCUAAAGGAGUUUCAAAAUAUGGUGCAUGGUACAGCCAGCGAAGGUAAAGGUGAUACUUGGGCUAAAGCAGUCGUCGCUCCACAAGAGAAAUAUACAGAGAGACCUAGAGAGCCACGAAAUCCUAAAAUACAAACUGACAUGUUGCCACCACAAAUAGAUAAAGAUACUGGCAGCUAUUACUCGGGGUAUGGAGGUGAUAAUUCUGACACGGCCAGCAUUCUGCUUUCCGCAGCAGGCGUUGAUAUUCUUCAAAGACCUGAACACUUCAAUCGCAUGGACCCUCGAACUGAUAUGAACAUACUUGCUGAGGCAUACGGUAGUCCCAAUGCUUUUAAAGAUGACAGUGGUUGGUCUGAUACAACGAUCCUUCCUGUUUUCAAUACGAAAGCAGCUGCUAAAGCUAUCACUUGGGAUUUACCUGAUCUUACUGAUGAAGAACGCGAGGCGGGCUUAGCAUAUAUUACGUCGAGAGGAGAGGCACAUUUUCAACAUAGCCAAGUUAUGGCAAAAAACAGAGAUGAGCUUAAAUCAGACAAGAUGAUUGCUUUCAGUGGGUUGGCAGGUUGUAUGAAGGAGCUUUUCUUCAUCAAGCAGUGGUUGAACAAUAAUUCCUGCAAAGCCAACGAUGAAACUCGCAGAUUGGUUGAUUCUAUUUCUUUGGAGGCACCAUUCAGACGCACUGAACGCACCAUGAUCAGCAAGAAUGAUCCUGCUCCAGUCGCUACUACUGAUCCAUACCUCGGACUCAGCGAUCAAGCCCGAAUCUAUAUGCGUUUGAUAAAUGACAUCUACCAGGAUACCAACAAUCUUACUCUACAUCUUCAGAAUCAGGCUAUGGUCUGGGGUGCUACCAAAGCUGAGAUCGAGGUAAAGAUUGGUGAAUACUUUGGCUUGCGGGAGAGAAUUAUGGCAGUUUCUGGUAUGACUAAUGAUUUUAUUCAAAGUCUCAUCCCUAUCGGUGCUCCUCGAACUCCUCGAAUCAACUUCUAG